GGGCGGAAAUAGACUUUCUGGAAAGUGGAGGAGGCAGCGGAGGAGCGGGACGAGGAGCAGCCCUCCCACUGCCAGAUGUUCUCCUCACCCCCACUCUGAUGCCCGUCCCGCCCUGCCAUGAGUCUAUGAGCCCCCUCCGGAUCAGCGUGGGUGGUCUGCCUGUCCUUGCGUCCAUGACCAAGGGUGCUGACCCCCGCUUCCGACUGCGCUGGAAGGCCAUCGUGCUGUCAUCAGCCUGUGUGGGGUUUGUGCUGCUGCUCUUCUGCCUGCACCGGUCCUCCCCUGCACGGCCCGUCCCUCCCCAUCCUCGCAACUGGCAGCUCAGCCUGCGGGCAGGGGACCACUACAAUGACACCUACCCACUGUCCCCACCCCAGAGGAACCCCGAGGGCGUGCGCUACCGCAUCGGCGUCAUCGCGGACCUGGACACGCAGUCCCGGGGCUCUGAGGAGCACACCUGGUUCAGUUACCUGAAGAAGGGCUACCUGGUGCUGUCAGACAGUGGGGACAGUGUGACAGUGGAGUGGGACAAAGAUGAGAGCAUGCUGCAGUCCCACCUGGCUGAGAAGGGCAGGGGCAUGGAGCUCUCCGAGCUGGUUGUAUUCAAUGGGAAGCUGUACACUGUGGAUGACCGGACAGGAGUUGUCUACCAGAUUGAAGGCAACAAAGUGGUGCCUUGGGUGAUCCUCCCAGACGGGGAUGGCACAGUGGGGAAAGGCUUCAAGGCAGAGUGGCUGGCGGUGAAGGACGAGCACCUCUAUGUGGGGGGACUGGGAAAGGAGUGGACCACGACCACAGGGGAGGUGGUGAACGAGAACCCCGAGUGGGUGAAAGUCAUUGGCUACAAGGGUGACGUGGGCCAUGAGAACUGGGUGGCGAACUACAACGCGUUGAGGGCAGCAGCGGGAAUCCGACCACCAGGUUACCUGAUCCACGAGUCGGCCUCCUGGAGUGACACGCUGCAGCGCUGGUUCUUCCUGCCGCGCCGCGCCAGCCACCAGCGCUACAACGAGAAGGCAGAUGAGCGGCGAGGCACCAACCUGCUGCUGAGCUCCACCCAGGACUUCAGGGAUGUGACAGUGGGACAUGUGGGCGAGGUGGUCCCUACCCAUGGCUUCUCUUCCUUCAAGUUCAUCCCAGACACUGACGACCAGAUCAUCGUGGCGCUGAAAUCAGAAGAGGACAACGGGAAGAUCGCCAGCUACAUCAUGGCCUUCACGCUGGACGGGCGCUUCCUCCUGCCUGAGACCAGGAUUGGGAGUGUGAAAUAUGAGGGCAUUGAGUUUAUUUAACCGACUUUUGCACUGGACUGGAGGGGUAAGGGUAGCCAAAGGCUCCGUGCCAGGCUUGGGGAGAGACACCGGGCAGCACUCCCAGCUCUGUACUUGGCCCUGGUGUCUCCUGUAAAGCAUUGGCUCUGCUGCAGCAGGCGUGGUGCGAGUGUUUCGGCAGUGGCACCUGGUGGUAAGGGACAGCCACCACAGGGUGGUGUGAGCCCCAACCAGGAGGCAGGCAGCGAAGUCCCUGUGUGCCAGUUCCCCAGGAAGGCCCCUCGCUCCAGUCAUUAAUGUCCAGCCCCUAAUUGCAACAGAAACUCUGUACGUGCUUGUGGCGCUGGUGACAUCUGGGCUCUGGGUUUGUAGAUGAGGAAGAGCCUGAGCCCCAGCUCUGCUGCUCUGCCUCAUGUCCCACCAUGUCACAACCCCCCCCAGGGAGGUGAGUGUCCAGCUGGAGCACCAGACCCGUCCCUGUAGCAUGGGAUCACC